AUGGUAGAUUCUACCAAUGGUACGACGUCAGCGGAAGCUCACUGCCUUCGCAACGGUGAGGAGCACGAGCAGCCAUGUCUCCGCAUAAUCAUCGCUGGCGCCGGUAUUGGAGGUCUUGUAGCAGCAAUCGCUUUGCGGAAGCAAGGUCAUCGCGUCGAGGUCUUCGAGCAAUCACGUUUCAACAACGAAGUCGGGGCCGCUAUUCACAUCACACCCAAUGCGAUGGGUGCGUUGAGUUACAUCGGUAUCGAUCCGCGGGACAGCGGAGCAGUGCCUCUGGUUCAAACCAGGUUCAUCUCGUCAGACAACGUGGUGGUGCGUGUCACCGACAACGCGAAAGAUUCUGUACGAUGGCAGAACCCAUGGUUGCAAGCGCACCGAGCACAUCUUCAUACACAGCUGCGAGAAGCCGCGACCAGUCCAGCUCGAUCAGGCAUACCCGUGAAGAUCCAGACUGCUUCAUCGGUAGUGCUGGCAGACUCAGAGUCCGCUACCGUCACUCUAGCCGACGAAACAACGCAUUCUGCAGACUUAGUGAUUGGAGCGGACGGUGUUCACUCUAGAACGCGCGGGGCUCUUAUGCAUGUUCCGCCCACGACUUUUCGCACUGACAGCAGCGCCUUCCGGUUCAUCAUAUCCCGAGAGUCUGUCGAAGCUGAUCCCGUCACACGGCCACUGGUCCAGACACAUGGCUCGAUGGAUAUGUGGUACGGGCCCGAUCGAAAGAUUGUCCUCUAUCCAACUUAUCACAACCAGCUUCUCAACUUCGUAUGUGUUCACCCGGCCAGACUAUCAGACGCGAGCAAUGACUACAAUAAAUCGGCCUCCAAGUCCGCCCUGUUGGAGACAUACAAGGACUUCCAUCCGAGUGUGAUCGCAUUACUGGAGAAGGCUGAUCCUGCAGGAGUCAAGGUGUAUCCAUUCUUCGAUAUGGCCCAGCUGCCAACUUUCGCGAGAGAUCGUCUAGCGGUCGUUGGAGACGCAGCACACCCGUUCACACCACACCUUGCUCAGGGCGGCGCUAUGGCUAUUGAAGACGCGGUCUCAUUAGCAAUCAUGCUCGAUCGGUCGGUAACGCCUCCACAGGUGCCGCAGCGCUUACAGUGGUACAAUCAAGCACGAUUCGAGCGGGCUUCGACGAUUCAAGAAUACAGUCGGCAGGUUGGUGGCGAUGGAUCAGAUCCUAACAAGAAAACGACGAAGCUUGAUGGUCUCAAAGUCUAUGACUACAUCAACUACGGUCUGAGUCACGACGAAGUUCAUGCGUCUACUCAUUUGCUUCGACAGCUUGAGUGGCAAGAACAGAACGCAAAAUGGCGGCAGCCCAUAAGCUUCGGCCCGCUUCCCGGCCCACGACAAUGGUCUUUGAGCACAUGGCCGAUCAGACAUUCGGUCAAGGCGAGCAGGACUUGCGCUAGUGUUUCUUUUACGACAAGUGCUACACUGCUCCGCAACAUGUUUCCGAACGCGUGUUAUCGAUUCAGCAAGGCAGACACUGUUACGCAUGUAACCUUCGCAGUCGAAUCAUUACGCAACCUCAGCUGGCUCGCUGGUGGUGGAUACGAUCUCGCAGCUCUUUAUGUCGAGGACGUGUGCUAUAGAUGGUCCAGUGGUCGCGUUCAGCAAGCAUCAUACUGUCCGGUCAUGUUUGAGAACCUCGCCGACCCGAUCAUAACAGGUCGUGAAGAGUUGGGAAUUCCUAAGGUGUUCUCCGACAUCAAGAUCCACAGCAAUGGCUCAUCAUUUCGUGCAGAGAUCUCUUGGAGAGGCGCCGAGUGGGCCACCCUGGAGCUCAAAGAUCUGGUACCGACAGAGAAGUCGCCAUCAGACCAUCUCAGUGGCGGUCUGCUUGUGCAUAAGUACAUCCCGUCGAGUAAUCCGGCCAAGCCUGACGCCGACUACGAUAUUAUGCAUUCGGCUGACGAAAGUAUUGCGGCAACUUCGUCACUUGCAAGUGACCGAGGAAGCGUGCGCCUGGAGAUCCGAGAUCUGGGCCCAGAUUCACUACCAACGCUUCAUCCAAUCGUGAGCCGACUAGCAGAGCUUCCAAUCUUUGAGAUCGUUCAGGCGUCGGUUGUCGAGUAUGAUGGUGUGCCAGAUCUAUCCAGACAAGUGCAUCUCGAUUGA